UCCACAUCCUUUCUAUAGUGGGGGGCCCAGAACUGGACACAAUACGUCCAGAUCUGGUGAGGACCAGAGCCGAGUAGCUGCAGGAACCUAAAUUUAAACACCUACAUCCAUGCUCAGGCAGCAUAAUUAGUGGCUUGUUUCUUGAAAACACUGGGAGCUCAGAACUGAAUCCCGUUGUUACAGGUGCAGUAAUGUUGAAACUCAAAUCAGGUGUUGAGAUAAAUGAAUGUGGAUUUGGCAUCUAAGUUGUGUGCUUUUUAUGGAAUAUCUAGACUCAGCAUUUGCCCACAGUGGCAGAGUCUAGCAUGUGUGUCACCAGGGACAGAGACUAGGCAGAAUGGGGGUGUGGAAAAGAAUCAGAGUCCUUUCUGAAAUGUCUCCCAUUGCCUUUCUCCCUCUGACAGGCUGCAGAACACCCAUGUCUGUCUCCAGUUCAGUCCCUGGCCUGCAGAGCCAGGGACAUGAAAUGGCUGUGGCGGAGCCGGUUAGCUUCGAGGAGGUGGCUGUGUAUUUCUCUGAGGAGGAAUGGGCUCUGCUGGAUCCUGGCCAGAGAGCCCUCUACAGGGAUGUGAUGCAGGAGAAUUAUGAGGCUGUGAGCUGGCUGGGAUUUCCAGUCUCCAAAGCUCAUGUGAUCUCUUGGGUGGAGCGAGGGGAGGAGCUGUGGGUCCCAGAUCUCCAAGGCUGUGAGGAAGGGGAGAUAUUCAAUGACUCCCACACAGCAGGUGAUGGGAUGCUGAGGGAGAACAACGAGGAGAGUCUUCAGCAGGCAGGACUGGAGCAAGUUGCUCCACAUGGGAUGUUACUAGGAAGAUCUGAAGGGCAUGUUUCCCAGAAUCCUGAGCAGGGAAAGACAUGUGAGAAUCAUCUUAGCCCAGAAAAGCAACAGGGAAUUCAUGCAGUGGAAGGAUGGGGUAAAUCUAGUCAUAGGAACAGAGGUGUGAAAAGAAACAAAGACACUGUUAAACAGAAAAUCCCUCAUCAAGAGGGACCCUACACUUGCAGCGACUGUGGGAAAAGUUUCCAAUGUCAACAGGUCCUCCUUUUACACCAGAAAAUCCACAUAGGUGAGAAACCCUUCAACUUGUCUGACUGUAGUAAUAACUUCAAUUGGACCUCCAAGCUUAUUACCCAUCAGGGAAUGCAUCCAACUGAGCAACUCUGUGAGUGCCCUGACUGUGGGAAAAAGUUACAUUGCCGAUUAGGUGUUACUGAACACAAGACAAACCAUAGAGCAGAGAAACCAUUCAAGUGCAGUGACUGUAGGAAAAGCUUCAAUGAGCACUCAUGUCUUCUUGGACAUAAGAAAAUCCACAGAGUGGAGAAACCCUUUGACUGCUCUGACUGUGGGAAAAGCUUCAGUAGGAGGUCAAAUCUUGUUACUCAUAGGAGAAUCCACACAGGGGAGAAACCCUUCAGCUGCUCUCACUGUGGCAAAAGCUUUAGUAGGCGCUCGCUUCUUAAGACUCAUUGUGCAAUCCACACAGGUGAGAAACCCUUCAAUUGCUCUGAGUGUGGGAAAAGCUUCAGUCAGAACACAAGCCUGAUUAAACAUCAGAGAAUCCACACAGGCGAGAAACCAUUUAGCUGUUCUCAGUGUGGGAAAAGCUUUAGUGGGCACUCACUUCUUAAGAUUCAUUGUGCAAUCCACACAGGGGAGAAACCCUUCAAUUGCUCUGAGUGUGGGAAAAGCUUCAGUCAGAAUGCAACCCUGAUUAAUCAUCAGAGAAUCCACACAGGAGAAAAUCCCUUCAACUGUUCUCAUUGUGGGAAAAGCUUUAGUCGGCGCUCACUUCUUAAGGCUCAUUAUACAAUCCAUACAGGGGAGAAACCCUUCAGUUGCUCUGAGUGUGGGAAAAGCUUCAGUCAGAACGCAUACCUGAUUAAACAUCAGAGAAUCCACAUAGGACAAAAACCCUUUAGCUGCUCUCACUGUGGGAAAAGCUUUAGUCGGUGCUCACAUCUUAAGACUCAUUCUACAAUUCACACAGGGGAGAAACCCUUCAGCUGCUCUCACUGUGAGAAAAACUUUAGCCGGAGCUCACUUCUUAAGACUCAUUGUGCAAUCCACACAGGGGAGAAACCCUUCAGUUGCUCUGUGUGUGGGAAAUGUUUCAGUCAGAAUGCAAGCCUGAUUAAACAUCAGAGAAUCCAUACAGGGGAAAAACCCUUCAACUGCUGUCACUGUGGGAAAAGCUUCAGUCAUAACGCAAACCUGAUUAAACAUCAGAGAAUCCAUACAGGGGAGAAACCCUUCAACUGCUCUGUGUGUGGGAAAAGCUUCAGUCAGAACACAAACCUUAUUAAUCAUCAGAGAGUCCACACAGGGGAGAAACCCUUCAACUGCUCUCACUGUGGGAAAAGCUUUAGUCGACGCUCACAUCUUAAAAGCCAUUGCAGAGUUCACACAGGGGAGAAACCUUUCAACUGCUCUGAGUGUGGGAAAAGCUUCAGUCAGAACACAAGCCUGAUUAAACAUCAGAAAAUUCAUGCAGGAGAGAAACAUUUCAACUGCUCUAACUGAGCAAAAAUGUUCAAUCGUAGCUGAUAGGUUUUUGAACAUCAGAGAACCAACAUAGUUGAGAGGCCUUUUAAUUGCUCUUACUGUGGGAAAAUGGUCUUAAGUUGCAGUGAAGGAGGUUUAGGUUAGACAUUAGGAAAAACCUGAUAACUGUCAGGGUGGUGAAACACUGGAAUAAAUUGCCUAGGGAGGUUGUGACAUCUACGAGGCCAUGUAACCGUGUGUUUCCAGUUUUGCUAAUCACAAUAGGACAAAAAGUUAAUAUACCGUAACAGGGAUUUGCGUAGCUUUUUACGAUUGCUUUUCCAGAAGAGGCUUUUCCAAUAUUUGGCCCCAUGUAAAUGGGGUCUAAUGGCAGAAAAGCCUC